UAAACAGCUGGGGACAUGCACUGCACACACACACAAAGACCAACAGUAGUGCUGGACAGGAUCCCACCCCACAGUUCUCAGGUCUCUCGUACUGUACAACUCCGGAACAGACAAAGGAUCAUGAGUAAGGUGUCCGUGGUGGUCGUGUGGGCGGUGGUGGCCCUGCUGAGCCUAAGUAUGGUAACUCUGCCAAGGACUGAGGCGGUGGCGGUGGCAGACCCUGAGCCCUGUUGUGGCCGCCUGGCUGCCGGAGCUCUGGGCUUUGUCGGGGGUUACGCGAUUGGUCGUCUCAGUCACCGCCGGUGUCACAGAUGUGGUUAUGGCAGGAGGAGGAGAAGUCUGGACGAGAUAAUGGGAUCCCAACAGCUGGAGGACCUGUACUCAAAAAUUGCUGCUCAGGAUAAGGACCAGUGUGGGCUGCGCCUCGUGUGUGAGUUGGCCCAGAAGGACCCCAACCACCUGACUGAAGAUGAGGCCAUUAUUCUCCUGCCAUACAGGGGUCGCAGUGAAAGCAACGAGAGGACCUACUACGGCCAGUAUGACAAGGCGGUGUGGCACGGCCAGAAGGGUAAUCCCUGCCACAAGCUGUACUCGCUGUGUGCCUACGCCGCCCCAGAGAUCCUAGUUGGCUAUAAGGCCAGAUUCAUAGAUUCCUUCCAGUGACCGGGCUGAGGUGAUGACAACUAUGUCCUGUUUUCUACAUCACGGACUCAAGCUGAACCAAAAUUGAAAUAUGUUCUUUACUAAAAUAAUAAACGCUGCAAUUUUCAA